GUGUUGAUUUGAAGGGGGUGGAGCAUAUGGAAGAGACGUGAGAGUUCCGUUGACAGAACGCAACAUUUGGUAAAAGAAGUGAACCCUCGAGUCUCUCUCUCAUCGUCUCACACUCUCCUUCACUCUCUGCAAAGGCAAAUGCGAGCAGGUGAAGGAAGUAAAAGAAUGAGAAAAGAAAGAAUAAAAAAAACAAACUAACGUGGCCACGUCAGCUUGUGCAAUUCCAUUUGUGAAAAUGGUUGAAACUUUAGCAUUUCUCUUUUUCUAAGCAUAAAUUCCCAUCCGAUUGGGAUCCAAUGUAUCAAUCUCUCUAGCUAGCGCACUUUCACUCUCUUACAGUACUACGCUUCCACUGAUCAUGGCUUCCACGGCGGCAGAGAAGGAUGCCGCUAAAGAUCAUGAAUUAAACGGAAAGCUGUACAAAGCUCUGCUGAAGGAAGAGGCGGAUCAGGUGAUACAACUCUGCGAAGGUAUUGAGGACCAUGCAUUGCACAAACUGACCGUACACAACGACACAGUGCUCCACAAGGCCACUUACGCCAAACAAGGCAACUUGGUACUCAGACUUCUCGAUGCCUUGCCUCACCACCAUCUCUACAAAAUGACCUGCAAAAACGACAUCGGCAACACUAUCCUUCACGAGGCGGCUACUCUCGACCAGGAAAACUCAGUCGAGGUUGCCACCAAGAUGUUAGAGAAAGCCCCGGAAUUGUUGAGCGUGGCCAACAAUAUUGGAGAGACUGCACUCUUCCGGGCAGCCCGCUAUGGCAAGACUGAGAUCUUCGACUUUUUGGCAGAGAAAAUCUCGGGAGAUGAAGAAGCCAAACAGCAACCAUUUAUUCAGAGGACGGACAAGACCACUAUUCUUCAAAUCGCCAUCCUUGCUCAGCACUUCGGUUUAGCUCUGAAAAUAGUUGAACUAUUCGAACAUAUAAUUGAUGAAAGAGACGAAGAUGGUAUGACUGCUCUUCAGCUUCUGUCAUGUAACCCUUCAGCUUUUCUAACUGUGCGCAGACGGGGACUACUCAAUAGAAUUAUUAACUCUGUCAAAGUGUGCUGUAGUUCGGCCAGGCGCAAUGAAUUUCGGAUGGAAAAAUCAAACAAUGAAUCAGCGUUGAAGCUUGCCAAGAUCUUGGUAGCAAAAGAUACCUCGUGGGAGUCAACUAGUUCUGCAGUUGACCAGAGUAAGACCAAGCCCCACAAAUACGGCAGUAAUACUUUUGAUGUUGCAUCUACUGAAAAAGGGGGUGGUGGAGAUGAGACGGCAGGUGGUGUAGAUGAAAAAGGAGGUGGUGGAGAAGGGUCUCCUUCUUCUAUUACUCUAAAACAGGUGGAAGCGGGAGGAAUUACACCAUUGUUUCUAGCAACUAAGUUAGGCUGCAUAGAGAUCGUCACAGAAAUAUUGGACAAAUAUCCGCAGGCAGUUGAGCACAUUGAUAACGAAGGGCGGACUAUACUGCAUGUAGCUAUCAAGUACCGUCAGUUGGAGGUUUACGAACUUGUGUUGAAAAUGGAAGUAGCAAUGAGAUGGCUGAUACGAAGGCUUGACAACAACGGGAACUCUAUUCUGCAUAUGGUUGGAAUAAAGAGAGAAGAUUAUGUACCUGAAAAACUGCGUGGCCCUGCAUUUGAAUUACAAGAGGAGCUGCUUUGGUUUGAGCGCGUGAGGUCAGUCACAAAAGCCCAUUUCAUUGAUCAUCAGAACAACAUGAACAAGACUGCUCAAGGCUUAUUUGCAAGUACCUACAAAGAUCUUCGAAAUGAAGCGAGAGAAUGGCUAAAGAAGACAGCAGAAGGAUGCACCAUCGUGGCAGUUCUCAUUGCAACAGUUGCCUUUGCCGCAGCCUACACGAUACCAGGAGGUCCAAAUCAGAGCACCGGGGUCCCUGUCCUUCUCUAUCAACCUUUCUUUGUGGUUUUCACUGCAGCUGAUGUGCUCUCCCUUGCAAGCGCUUUGACGUCAGUAGUUAUAUUUCUUUCAAUCCUCACAGCCCCAUAUCGUUUGGAUGAUUUUAGACAUUCUCUUCCUAAUAAGCUGAUGCUUGGAGUCACAUUUCUGUUUCUCUCUGUGUCGAUGAUGAUGAUAGCAUUUGCAGCAACAAUCUUUCUGAUGAUACGAGGUAAAGAAAGCUGGAUAAAAAUUGUGCUAUAUUCCCUUUCUUUCCUUCCGGUUGGUAUCUUCGCACUGUCAUAUCUCCCCCUCUAUGUCUCUCUGACAAGAACUUACAAGUACUUGCUCAAGAAGAUAACGCAGGCUAUUCGUUGGAGUAAAUGGCUUCCAGGCGUGUCUCAUUCCUCCAAUCGUCCUCUACCUCAGUUAACCGAUUCCACCAAGCACAAAUCGGAGAGAGAAGAUUUUUAUUCCUUGGCUGCACCACACCGUACCUCACAUUUAUCCGUUUGAACUGUUUGUGCUGUACGUAUAAUCUAGCAUGUCAAAAGGGUGCGAUAUAUAUGUUAAUGAGUUCUACCAUGUAUGGGUUUAAAAUUAUAUAUGGGUUUAUUAAAAACCAAAAAAAAAAAAGUUCCUCUUAUUUCUCUAACUUUGUUUUUAACUUGGUUUUUAAAGAAUAAUAUCCACCUAUCUUGAAGUGUAUUUGAAAGCAUUAUGUAUUACCAAUAAAAGUCCUCAGCUAAAUCCCAUUAAUGGAUGUGUUAGGUGAGUAGUGUGUUAGUGUUCCUAUUUAAUAUUGUUAUUUGAUUCCAUACAUUGAGCAUUAUCGGUUUGUUAUUUUAUUCUACGCAGGUUAAGUCCUUUAGUUUAGUAGUUUUAGUUACUUAAUGUUCCAUGUUAUUCUAGUAACGGUUAAGUGGUCCUUAUUUUUAGGAGUAAGUGUUUAAGUUGUAAUCUAUUUAAAUGUUUUACUCAAUGAAUUAUUUAGAUCAGUUUUAUAUAUUCAAUUUGUUUUACCUCUCUCAACCUAACAAUUGUAGAGAGAAGACGGUCACUUGUGCAUUUAUCAUUUUUCAUUUCUAACAAGAUGACCCUUGAAAUAAUACUGAUCGAGUACACUAAAAAAAUAUAUGAUAUCAUCACUUAUUCUAAAAUUUUAAGUCGAUAGGAAAUGAAUCAAUAAAAUUCUCAGCCAAAUCACUUUAAUUAAUGAUCCUUAAAAUAAU